CCCUUCUCCCUUCGUUUCCUUUUCUGUGCGUGCUUUCUCUUCAGCCCCCUCUCGGAGAUUGCACGCGGGUUCCAUUGGCCAGAUCAGCUCGCCAACCAAGAAGAUGUCGUGCACAGCAACCGAGAACGCGAUCCCCACGCUACCCGCCAAGGGCAACCUCUCCUUCGUCCUCGAGGCGGUCGAUAAGACCUCGUUCCAGGAGCGGCCCGUCAAGCCGCCUGCACCGUUGGAGGUACAGGUCAACGUCAGGCAGACCGGGAUUUGCGGAUCUGAUGUCCACUACUGGAAGCAUGGCCGAAUCGGUGACUUUAUUCUCAAGGCGCCCAUGGUUCUCGGCCACGAGUCUGCUGGAAUCAUUACCUCUGUCGGCUCUCAAGUUGAGCACCUCAAAGUCGGUGACAGGGUAGCGCUCGAGCCCGGUGUGCCCUGCUUGGUGUGCGACAAAUGCCUGAGUGGAACAUACAAUCACUGCGCAAAGCUCGUAUUCGCAGCGACCCCUCCUUACGAUGGCACGCUCGCCACGUACUACAACCUGCACUCUUCCUUUGCUCAUAAGAUUCCCGACAACCUUACCCUCGAGGAGGCUUCGCUGAUGGAGCCACUUUCUGUUGCCGUGUACAGUGCUCUAAACCGGGGAGAGGUCCGGGCGAUGCAAAAUGUUCUGGUAUUUGGCGCAGGCCCGAUCGGCCUACUUGUUGCUGGUGUCUGCAAGGCGUACGGAGCAAAGAGAGUUGUCGUUGUUGAUAUUCUCGACGACAAGCUCAAGUUCGCCUUUUCCUUUGCAGCCACAUCGACCUUCAAACCUUCGGCGGCAAAGGAGGACGAGAGCCAGAUGGACGCGUCGGAGCGUAACGCCGCCGAGCUAAUCGCCUCCCUUCCUGAGCCAGACAACGAUGUAGCGCGCAAGGGCGGGUUCGACUUGGUUAUGGAGUGCACCGGUGCGCCACCUUGCAUCCAGAUGGGCAUAUUUGCAGCGCGCGCGAGGGCAAAGUUCGUCCAGAUCGGCAUGGGCGCCAAUGAGAUGGCCAUCCCCAUCCAUCGCAUUGGCAUCAAAGAGCUCGACAUGACUGGGUCAUUCCGCUAUGGCGUUGGCGCGUACGAGACUGCGAUAAACCUUGUCGCAAGUGGAAAGCUGGACGUCGCCAAGAUUGUCACACACCGCUACACGUUCGCUGACUGCAUCAAGGCAUUUGAUGCCACUGCCAAGGGAAAGGGCGAAGACGGCAAGGCCGUCAUCAAGGUCCAGAUCUGCCAGGGUGAGGCAUAAAACUAGUUGUAUUCGUUUUCCUGUUGGGGCGUGCUGGCGGUCGCGCGACAAGUUAUGGUUAUUUGCACAUUAAAUUCCAAGGCAUUGUAUGCAGAUGAAUGCGAGUGCUCGAUAAGGAUACAGCGUUGAAGCCCCUG